GUGAAAGUGGAAGCAUAURUAGUCAAAAACUAUGCCUUGGAGAGUUGUAAKACGUGUUUUUGUAAAGAAUUGUACAUGCCUGGAGACGAAGAAGAAGUAGCUAUUUUAACAUGGCUUCUCGUCGUGAUCUGAGCUUUGAUGGCAAACUAUUCUUUCUUUAUGAUCGUGAAGCUGUUACAGAUGAAUCAGAUCCACCAGAGAAUGCCAUCAUUUAUUUUUAUCCAGCCUCAGCUAGCAUUGAGAGUCGUGUCAGCAUAUGUGGGCAACUUGUUGGCAUGACAAACUUUCUAUCAUCAGUCCUGGACUUUGCUCCAGUUAUGGUAAAUUUGAAGAGUGAAAAAGUUGCACUUUAUCAUGCAGGACAGUAUACCCUGGGUCUUGGAGGAAGUAUGACUGAACCCGAUACAUUGCUGGUUAAACGGYUAAAGACUCUGUUUGACAUUUUUGUUUUUUAUCACGGUUCCCUUGACAUUGUACGUCAGUUAUCAAGAGAUCAUGUAUCAUUCUUGUCAAACAUGUCAAUCAUCUGGGAUUGCUAUAUACACUUUAUUCGUCACUAUGGAGACACACUUCCAGCAGUAUUUAAUCCUUUACCAUUCUUUAAAGCUCCUAAGAAUUCAUCUCAAAGAUGUUUCCUCAAAGCCUCUCAUAUCCUUCAAGCUUCUCAGCGUCGUCAGCAUAUUCUUGGCGGCUGUAUACUUCAUCAAAAAAGUGUUUUGUGUACACAAUUAGAAACAAGUAUCACGAAGAGACUCUUGCUGUUAAAACCAAAUCAAUCUCAUCACCCUGGCAAACAAGUUAAAACAGAAAUAAAACUUCCGUUUGGAGUACGUUUUCUUGAUUCGUUUUUGACUUGCUGUGAGUUUGAUCGAUUAAUAAAAGCACUUGAAAAGUCACCCUAUCAUAACAGCUUUACAAGCGAUAAACCCCACCUAGCACGUUACAAAUAUCAGUAUCAAAAAUCUAGAGACAAAUCAAAACCUGGACGUUCUAAGAAAAAUAAAGAWGAAAAGAAACAUACUGGWAAGCAUGAKGYACAGAAGGARAAGCAACAUGUCUCCCAACCUGUGCCAAAACAAGCCGCGACUUCUACAAGUGAACUGAACACAUCAGUCAAAGAAAUUGGAAGUUUAUCAAACUUAAAUGAACCAAUGGAUGAUAGUGUAAUGCAUUCAAAAUGCAAGGAAAGUGAAAUGGAUGYUGUUGACUGUAAGUCAAAUACCAAGGGUGUCUUGGACAAGUCUKYACUUGGAAAUGGAUACAAUGAUAACGAUGGCAUACCAGCUCUGAAUGGAGGAUUAGAUGAUACUGGACGUCUUCUGAAUGGGGACGUAGAUCAUAGUGCAUUUGUUCUAAAUUGGGACAUACAUGAAGGUCAAGGUSUGCCUUCUCUGAAUAAGGACAUAAAUAACACACCUGWACAAAAYAGGGACACAAAUGACGGUGUACCUGCUGUGGGAAUGGACAUAAAUGACAGUGUGCCUACUCGGAAUAGGGACAUAAGUGACAGUGUACCUGCACAAAAUAGGGACACAAAUGACGGUGUACCUGCUCUGAGAAUGGACAUAAAUGACAUUGCAUCUCCUAUGGAUGGAGACAUGCAUGCAAGUGACAAUGUGCGUGCUCUGAAAAAGGACGUAAGUGACAUUGUACCUGCUCGAGAUGGGGACAUAAAUGAUAGUGCACCUGCUUUGAAAAAGGGCAUUAGCGACUGCGUGCCUACUCCAAAUAUAAAUGGCAUUGAACCUSCACWGAACGAGGWCAUAAGUGACAGYGUGCCUGCUCAAAAUGAGGACAUAAAUGACGGUGAAMCUGUUCMAAAURGGGAMAUAAAUAACACUGAACCUGUUCAAAAUGGGGGCCUAAGUGACUGCGCGCCUGCUCAAAAUGGAGACAUAAAUAACUGUGAACCUGCUGCUGUGAARAAGAAAAUAAGUGACGAUGUAAAUGAUAGUGAUAUUUGUGACAGUUUUGUAAAUUAUAUGAGCACAUUUCCAGAUGAUCACGAAUUAACAAUGGAUGAAAUAAACAUCUUAGGACUACGCAUCUACACUGGUCUUUCAAAGGACGCACCUUUUCAAGACWUUCUUGAUCCUCAAACAGAUGAGAUUUGUAAAGAACUACUUAAUUCACUCAUUGACCGAGUCAUCUGUGAAUGCAACGAAGCAAAUUGUGAUUUCCCAGUUGAAAGGGAACUGAAUGACACAUCAAUAGAGAAAGUUGUAGAGGCUAAUGACGACCUGAACUGUAACAUUUUAACCAAUAWUGGUGACUGUGACAAUAAUAAAGGUCRUGAGGAGAGCAGUACUCAACUGUCUAGUSGUCUUGAUACAAUUGUCMCUAGUGAAAUUAAUGAAGAUGAUUGUUGCUGUGACGUUGCCAUAGAUACCUCUGCAAGAAGUMGUCAGUCKGACUCAUCAACAGCAAUUCUCACUGGUCCRCCUACKACCUCCCCCUCUACCCUCCCCCAGGAGUUAGUUAGCAGUCCUGUAGAAGAGUUUCAUGAUACCGUGGAAGACCUCGAAAAUGAAGAGGAAAUAACAUUAACUGAAAAAACUGUUGAUGCMUUUUUACAGAGUUAUCGUGACUUAAAAGCUCACGAUCUCGGGGCUAGCAAGUACUCMGCUUUAAAUCUUAACCAACCUGAUGAUAAGAAGGUUGAAAAAAGCUUUUUCAAAGACUUGGUUCAAACUGAUCUUAAUGCAGCUGUUGGUAAGGGCUCAAAAGCGGAACAGAGUGACUCWGCACGCGAAUCAGAGGGUGGGUUGUCUAUAGGAAGUGGUCGAGAAUCUAGUUUGUCAUCAAAAUCGCCUAACCCUGGAUGCCCAGGGAAUUGUCCAAAUACACCAGGAGACUCUGGACUCUGCUUGUAUCAUGGUUCGUCUGAAGGCUCACUAUCUCAAACAGAUGUUGUGAGUAAGGCUAAAAGUCCUGCCUUGCAACGAGAGAAUUCUGAAUAUAGUGAACAUAGCCUAUGUUCUUCAUAUGUGACUGUUGAUUUUGAAUCGAGUACAGAUACAGUUAGAGAAAAGCAAGAGGAWCAAGCAGAAUAUGUUGAUGACUUCGAUGAAAGUUUAUAUCAGAUUGAUGGCCUGGUCCAUGUAAACCUUUUUGUACAAGCUCACUCCAACACAGUGUUAAUACUUCUUGCUGAAGAYAGUUUAAGUGAAGAUCAGGAGACAAUCAAAGCAUUGUGGAAGACAACGUUGAAUGAGUUGGGUGAAUUGGAGGUUCAUUUGAAUCAAUGUUCUGAAACUGGCCCUGAAACCACUGAAAAACCCGAUGAUUAUAGUUAUGUAGUGUAUGAUGCAAUCAGCAGUACCACUGAAGGAAACCUGACUGAACCUGUUGAACAAGCAGACUUUACGUUUUGUGGCACUGCAAAAACAGUUCACGAACAAUUCAACAACUGCUCAUCGUUAAAAUCGGUCACAUUGAGGUACGACUGUACAAAGGAUAACUCGGCGGCAGUGCAUUGCCAAAGAAGCCUUGGACAAGAGGUAUAUUUGCACAAAAAAGGAGCAUUAAAGCCGUUUCGUGGUAGCCCGUCUAUCCGAGAUUCAGCUUUCAUUUUGGAAAGACGUGUACAUAAACAGCUAAAGAAAGAUCAUGGUGUAAAUGUAAUUUAAUAACAGUGACAACGGUAACAACAGAAACAGCAACAACAGAAAAAGCUAAGGCGGCAUUAACACAUUGACAGCAAAAAAAUAAUUGAAACGAGGCUUUGCGGAAAUUUUAUAUAGGGGCAAAACGCGCGCAGGUAUGAGGAAUCUGGAUCAUGAUUUGAUUCAUAUAAGGCGCUGUUAUACGCUGUGAAAUUUUGUCAAUCACUUGUCUUAUAACGCCGUUGCGAUACAAUUUGCGCAAUAAGUUAUUUUUGGAGCAAGGUAAGCUGGCAGGCGGAAUGACUUUUCGAUUGUCUGCCAUCUUCAUGAAGAUGGCAGACAAUCGAAAAGUUACUGGAGGGAUGAUACACUUUGCAAUUGUUUUGCAUAUUGCUGCAAUGCGUUGCGAAAAGUCGAACUGAGUUCUACUUCGUUGAACAAAAGAAAAAAAGAAGAAAAAAAGUUGCGAGACGAACCCUGUUACACUUUGAAAUUCUUCAAGCAACUUGUGUCAAGCAACUUGUGUCGUAACAGUUGCUCAGAAAAUUGCACAGUUUAACAGGACCUUAUAACUCGCUCAGUGAAGUUGGAUUUCUAAAAUCUUUUUUUUUUUCCAUGAAAAAAUGAUAUCCUUCAUUAGUCAGGAAUAUAAUCAUAAAGGGUACAAAAAACUGAAUCAACGCGAUAUUUGUCAAAUAAUUAACUAAACGAAUUUAUAAUGAGCUAAUUUAACAAAAUUGUAUAAAUUAUAAAAAAAUGUUUUUUAAAAAACCCUGUAUUAUCAAAAGAUGAUAUAAAUGAAUAAAUUAAGUACACGGAAAAGAAGAA